AUGUUUUCUCUUGUGUUUAAACGUUUGAAUCGAAUUCAUUAUCAUUCAACUCCCCAACGUGGGCUCGCUACUCUUAAUGGAAAACUGUCACAAUCUGCGAUAGGGGAGCAUCAGAUACCAGCAGUGCAAAGUCAAGAAGCGUCAAACCAAGAUCUAUACUGGCGAAAGAUUCCUCAAUGGAAGAAUAUUGGUAUCAAAGAGUUUUUGAGUUACAGGUGGCAAGUAUGCUCAAAGCUGCUCUGGUAGAAAGCAAGAUCAAGGGCUUACUUCUUACCUGAAAAGGCAAACAACUCUAUAACUACACACACUCAAUUGGUGGCUUUUAUGCGUGACGUCUUACCGAAGACCAUACCUGGAACUUUCUCUACCACUGGAAAGUCACAAAAGCCUAUUGAACGAGAGGGUUUUCUUGAGGAUGUUAGGGAUGGGGUGCAGAGGGCUCCGAUGAGUGUGAGGCUUACUCCUCAUAUACUUAGUUUGAUCAAUUGUAAGGCUUUACACUUUCUUCUUACUAUUCUAGCUACCUUUUGUGAUGAAUGAUGAGGCUUCUUACUCUCAGCUCUUCUUGAGAUGCCGAAACUUAAUACUGAUAUAUGUGUAGGGGAGCAGCCUUUUUCAGAUCCAAUACUUCGUCAGUUCAUCGCAAUAGGUUCAAGACUCCUACCAGAUCAUCCGAGUCUUACAUUAGAUUCUCUGCAUGAAACCGACGACUCACCCGUCAAAGGUCUAGUCCAUCGUUAUCCAGACAAAGCAUUAUUCCUAGGUAAAAUACAGCCCCAUCCUGCAUAUCCACACUUCAAGUAACCAAAAGAAAACCCAGCAACAUCCGUCUGCCCAGUCUAUUGCCGCUACUGCACCCGCUCCUACAGCAUAGGCGUCCCCACAGCCCUCGUUCAAAGAACUCGUUUCCUUCCUAUGCCCAAAAAAUGGGAGCCCAUACUCCAAUACAUAUCCACCACUCCCUCCCUCCACGACAUAGUGAUCUCAGGCGGCGACGCUUUCUCGCUCUCACCAGAUCAACUCCUCUUUAUCGGCCGUCGUUUCCUCUCCAUGCCGCACAUAAACCGUAUUCGUUUCGCAAGUAAAGGCCUAGCCGUCUGCCCGUCGCGAUUCCUAGAUGAGGAAGAUGGAUGGGCAAAUGCGUUGAUAGAAUUGAGUAAUGAAGGAAGGGAAAUGGGAAAGAGUGGUAGUCUGCAUACACAUUUCAAUCAUCCGAAUGAGGUUUCUUGGAUUACUGAACUUGCUGUGAGGAAGCUUUUCAGGGCUGGGGUGCAGGUUAGAAAUCAGACGGUGCUUAUAAAUGGGAUUAAUAGUGGUUUUGAGACUAUGAGUUCGCUUAUUAGAAGACUCGCCGAGCUAAAUAUUCAAACUGUGAGUCUACUUUUCAAUUCAUUCCUUGAAAUUUGGAAAGGGUUGAUUGCUGAUGAGAGAUGCAUGCUAUAUAGUACUACGUAUACCAACACGACCUGGUUCUCGGCGUCGAAGAUCUCCGCACCCCUCUCUCCACAAUCUUAGAGCUAGAGUCCCAGAUCAGAGGCACGAUAGCCGGUUUCAUGAUGCCGAGUUUCGUUGUGGACCUCCCCGGUGGAGGUGGGAAGAGGUUAGCAUGUAGUUAUAAAAGUUAUGAUAGGAGAACUGGACGCAGUACAUUCAGGGCACCUAAUAGUCAUGUGAAAGGAUCCGACGGAGCGGACAAGCUAUAA